CAAUGUUCAUCACCAGAAGAUCUUUGCGGUAAUCCCGGGGCGGAUCCAAAAUGGCGGCAGUUGCAGGGCCCCAGCAGUAAAACCGAGCGGCGAGUGAAUGAAGUCAGCUGAUCUCGGUCUGCUGUCACGCAUCGCAGCACCCAUCGUUUCUCUCUCGAGGCAAGACCGUAGACCACCACUUUACAAUCAUACGUUAGACUAAUAAACCCGAGAAGAUGGACAUGUCCAAGCUGCCUAAGGUCAGGGAUGAGGAGAGAGAAAGCCAGUUUGGAUAUGUGCAUGGAGUCUCCGGACCAGUGGUGACAGCUACAGCCAUGGCAGGAGCAGCCAUGUAUGAGCUGGUCCGUGUCGGCCACAGUGAGCUGGUUGGAGAGAUCAUCAGGUUGGAGGGAGACAUGGCCACCAUCCAGGUCUACGAGGAGACAUCUGGUGUGUCUGUUGGAGAUCCUGUGCUGCGGACAGGGAAGCCUCUCUCUGUUGAGCUGGGUCCAGGAAUCAUGGGGUCCAUCUUUGAUGGUAUCCAGCGACCCCUAAAGGACAUCAAUGACCUCACACAAAGUAUCUACAUCCCCAGAGGUGUCAACAUUGGAGCCCUCAACCGAGACCUCAAGUGGGAGUUUACUCCCAGCAAGAGCCUGCGGGUUGGGAGUCACAUCACAGGAGGAGACAUCUAUGGCAUGGUGUACGAGAACUCCCUCAUCAAGCACAAGAUCAUGCUGCCCCCCAAAAACAGAGGCACCGUGACCUAUGUGGCUCCUGCUGGAAACUAUGACGUCACCGACGUGGUGUUGGAGCUGGAGUUUGAGGGGGUGAAGGAGAAGUUCACCAUGGUGCAGUUAUGGCCUGUCAGACAAGUGCGGCCUGUCACAGAGAAGCUGCCCGCCAAUCACCCGCUGCUAACUGGACAAAGAGUGCUGGAUGCCCUUUUCCCAUGUGUGCAGGGAGGAACCACAGCCAUCCCAGGAGCCUUCGGUUGUGGUAAGACGGUCAUCUCCCAGUCCCUGUCCAAGUACUCCAACAGUGAUGUCAUCAUCUACGUAGGCUGUGGGGAGCGUGGAAAUGAGAUGUCAGAAGUACUGCGAGACUUCCCUGAGCUGACCAUGGAGGUGGAUGGGCAGACAGAGAGCAUCAUGAAGAGAACAGCGCUGGUGGCCAACACCUCCAACAUGCCUGUAGCUGCCAGAGAAGCCUCCAUCUACACAGGAAUUACACUGUCUGAGUACUUCAGAGACAUGGGAUACAAUGUGAGCAUGAUGGCCGACUCCACCUCCCGUUGGGCCGAGGCUCUCAGGGAGAUUUCUGGUCGUCUGGCUGAGAUGCCUGCUGACAGUGGUUAUCCUGCCUACUUGGGUGCUCGUCUCGCCUCCUUCUAUGAGCGUGCUGGCAGGGUGAAGUGUCUGGGAAACCCUGAGAGAGAGGGAAGCGUCAGUAUUGUAGGAGCCGUAUCACCUCCUGGUGGUGACUUCUCUGACCCUGUUACCUCAGCCACACUUGGUAUUGUACAGGUGUUCUGGGGUCUGGAUAAGAAGCUGGCUCAGAGGAAGCACUUCCCUUCUGUGAACUGGCUGAUCAGCUACAGCAAAUACACUCGGGCUCUGGAUGAGUAUUACGACAAGCACUUCCCUGAAUUUGUGCCCCUGCGUACCAAGGCCAAGGAGAUCCUGCAGGAGGAGGAGGACCUGGCUGAGAUUGUGCAGCUUGUUGGAAAGGCAUCGCUGGCAGAAACAGAUAAAAUCACCCUGGAAGUGGCCAAACUGAUCAAAGACGACUUCCUGCAGCAGAACGGUUACACUCCUUAUGACAGGUUCUGUCCCUUCUAUAAGACAGUGGGCAUUCUCUCCAACAUGAUUGCUUUCUAUGACAUGGCACGGCACGCGGUGGAGACCACAGCUCAGAGUGACAAUAAGAUCACCUGGGCCAUGAUCAGGGAGCACAUGGGAGAAAUUCUCUACAGGAUCACCUCGAUGAAAUUCAAGGACCCAGUGAAGGAUGGCGAGACUAAGAUCAAGGCUGAGUACGCUCAGCUGUUGGAGGACAUGCAGAACGCCUUCCGUACUUUGGAGGAAUAGGCUCCCGGCUCUCACAACCUUUCCAGUUUUUAUUUCUGACCCUUCCACUGUAGAAUCACAUUCCACCUCCUCGUAUUCCCAAAUCCUGUGUGCUCCCCUGUGCUCCUUUUGUUGGUGUGUUUUUUUUUUUUUUUUUUUUUUGUUUUUUUUUGGCGCGUGUGUGUGCGCAAUUUCAUGUGGAGGGAAAAGACAAAGAUGUACUGUAUUCAUUAUUAUUUGUUGUUGCCUCAUAUAGGCUUGCUCUGGAUCCUCCGCAUUGGCGUUGAUUUUGUGUGUGUGUGUGUGUGUGUGUGUGUGUCUGUGUGUGGAUUUAGUGUGUGUAUGAAGGACGGAUCUCUUCACCCUGUUUCUUCCUUUCUCUGUUUACAUGAUUUCUGUGUGUGUAGCCGUGUUGUUCAGUUGAUGUAUUGUAAUUCAUUGACCAUCUGUACAGAAGAGUAUUGAAUAUAAAUUUAAUAAGAUCAGUCUAUUUAUUGCCAGCAUUUUGACGUGAAGCCUUUGUUGUUCUUUCUUUUUCUUUUUAUGGUUGUGUUUCAUGAUGUGCUGUGCUGUGUACUUUGCUGUGUGAAUGUAUAAGAGUUGGAUUCUGUCGCUUUGCUAUCCAAUACUUUCAUCAUGUUACUCCCAAAGAAAUAAAACACGGGGAAAAAGAA